GCGUCGUACAAGCAUCUCGUUGUUCAACAACCGGUAGUUUCUUCAUAUUGCACAACUUAUUCGAAAAUUUCCACCGAAAAUGUCGCACGUACCGAUCAUUUUCCGCGAAUUCAUGCGGCCCCUGCGUAUGAUGGAAUACCAAAUGAGGCAAGCCGAAGAAUUACUGCGGCCUUCUUUCCACUACUUCAAUUUUCCCAGAGUGCGGCUCGAAUAUCCUGACGAGGCAAGCCAUCAAGAGGAAGCAGUCGUAGAAGACAAGGAUAAAUUCCAAGUCAAGCUCAACCUGCAAGACUUCAAGCCCGAAGACAUCACCAUCAAAACAGUGGACGGAAACGCCAUUCAUAUCGAAGCAAAGCACGAACUGAAGCACGACAACGACAAAGGAUUCGAACUGAAACAACUAGUCAGAAGGUUCGUUUUACCAUCAGGUCACGACAUCCAAAAUUCAUACUCCACUUUAUCUGCUGACGGGGUUUUGACGAUUACCACACCGAAAAUCGCUAAAGCUAUCGAGGAGAAAACCAUACCAAUUACCCACGAAAAAGGCGCCGAAGAAAGUAAAUAAUUUUAGUGAUAUUUACUUUAUUAGAUUUGAAUAGUUUGUCUUAGUUUUAAUUUUGUGUGAUAUGUACGUGAAUAAAUAUUAGUAGAUUAAAGUAAUU